ACAGAAAUGAAAAUGGCGCCAUGAAACAUUUCCGGAGUUUGUGACACUGUGACAUUUCAUCGCAAAAUAUUAGCAGGAUUACAUUUGUUCCAAGUGGCCUCAGUCAAAAUGGAAGGGCCUAAAUCAAGAUGUACUUGCUACACCGUGUUCCAGAGGAAAGUCCAUAAGAAAGUCUUAGAACAAAAUCCUUUUCUUUCAUUCGCAGAAAUCAGCAAGAAAAUAGGGGAAAUGUGGUCAGCACUUUCAGUUAAGGAGAAAAAGAUGUACAAGGUUGAAGCGAGGAGAAUCAACCGGCAGAGGAAUGCAGGUGUGAGCAUCUUAAGGACUGAGCUUUCAUCAGACAACAACCCUUCUUCAAAACAAAAACCUUCUUCAGCCAAGCAUCCUACGGCAACGAGGUAUCCUUCUCCAGUAGCUACUCCACCACAAGCACCACCUACAUGUAAACCAGAGGAGACAACUGCUGAACCAUCAACUGUUGCCGCUCCAUUUCCAGUCACACUUAUAAGGGUGGAUCGUACACCACAGCCCAUGACUUAUCAGUUUGCAGACAAGACAGAUAUGCUUUCCAUGUGCAAUGUAGAUGGAGCUAAGUUAAAUGUGAAAGUUGUCUAUACAUGUACCCCUGUGAAUCCCCAGGGAAAAAUGAAGACGUCACCUGUCAAGAAAGAGGCUGGCAUGUUAAGCAAAGCCCAUUCCCUGCAGUCAAUACUAAAUCAUCGUGUAUCUGCAGUUCCUGUCACCAGUGUAACUCCAACCAUUCAGCAGCCAGUGGUUGCGAGAAUGGAGAAGGAUGAUGAUGAUAUUAUUCCAUUUAAUUCUGAGCCAGACCUAUCAGUGGUAAAUUCUGAAGCAUUGGAUGAUAUUAUGGUGAUAGAAGACAGCAUACCAUCAAGUAAUGCAAUAAGUGCUAUUCGAAGGAAGAAAGAGGAAAAGGCUGGUGGAAGUUAUGGUGAUUUGUCAAAAGAGACAACCUCCCCUUCAGAAAUGACAUCAUCUGGCUCCUGUGGACAAGGAGUACAUUGUUCCUCCCCACUGAUUUCCUCGUCCCCUCCUCUUCUGAGGUCAGUCUCUCCACCAUCAUCUGCACCCCGUCACCAGCAAAACAACUCACCACCAGUGCUGUUCCUGGAACCACAACUUACCCAACACGAGGUAUCAAAAACCCCAGCAAAUUCCAUCACGGCGUCAUCAAUUCUUAAAGAGAAACUUGCUUCCUUUGUGGCUGCCAAAAGAAGCUUCACUGAUGUUGAUACCAUGCCUACAAAACUUACAAUUCAAGGGAAAUCCAUUGUAUUAUCUGCAUCAAAUUCACAGCCACCGCUGGCGGCAUCUAAGAAGGAAGAUGAUGGGAAAGAGAUUAAUCUAUGUGGCUUAACCACUUCCAGUCAGCCUCCAGUUCGUGUGGCAUUUAGACCAAAGAAAAAAGGUGGUGAACGGAAAAAGAAGGAAGGAGAUGAGGUUCCAGUAUACACUUGUAACCAGUGUAUGAUAGCAUUUUCUCAGGACAUUCAGUUGAGGGCACAUUUCCUCUCGGCGCAUACAGAGGAGGAUGAAGGCAACAGUCCCCAAUAUAGGUGUCAUUUCUGCAGUAUUGUAUUUGAGCAGAAGCAUGAUCUGACAGCUCACAUGGUGGUGAAGCAUGCCAACAAAGGGGUGGUGUCUAUCAAACAGAAAGUCCCUAUGGCUGUUCCUUCAGAAAUUGCAGCUCAAACCACCACCACUGGCCAACCUCAAGUUGUUACACAGGUUCAUCAAAAGCACCAAACAAAAUCCCCAGAGUAUAGUGUUCCCAUUGAUGCAACCUCUAAGGAAAGGGAAAGUACUGCACCGCUGAAUAGAGGACCUUCACCCUUGACAGCUUCUGCAGCAGAAUGGUGCAAUGUGUGUGGAUGCGUAUUUCCUUAUAAACGAUCUCUAGAUAUCCACAGGUUAAAAGAGCAUGUAAAUAUCUUUAGUCCCACUGCUUCUGUGUCACUGGAUCGGUCUGAGACUGUUAAAUUAGAGGUAGAAGGUAAGAUGGGAAGUACAGUUCAGAAUGUGGUCCACAAAACGUCUUUCUGCUUGUCUUGUGGUUACCCUUGCAAAUCUAAUAGUGAACUGGGUAAACACAUUUACUCCAAACAUGGUGGCAAAUAUUUCUGUCCAGCUACUGGGUGUAAACGUGUAUAUCAGGAAAGACGUUGCCUAAAACUGCAUAUAAAUUCUCAUCAUCCCAGAUUCAAAGCAUAUUCAUGUAAAUCCUGUUCAUUUUGCACGUACCAACAGUUAGCCAUGUUGAGACACUUGGAUGACCAUGCACAAAAACUGAAGGGUAAUGUUACAUAUGUGGAAAAGCAGAGAACUUCCGAUUUCCUGCAAGUUGAGGAAUGUGUGAAUGGAUCUGAGGAGGUCAGCUCUACUGAAGAGGCAGAAGAAACCCUAAGUGCACCUUACGUUUACAUCGAGCGGUUUAAUGGAGAAGAAGUAGAAGAUGUGCCAUUCAAUCCGUCUCCAGGGCAAUCUCUUGUUGCACCCGCUGAAGAAACCAAAUCUGACAAUAUACAAAAAUUAGACUCUCAAGGUCCUUCAGGUUUCCGUUGCCUGGACUGCAAAGGCUCGUUCUCAAACAGGAACAGCCUUACUGCUCACUUCAACAACUGUGGGCUCAAACUUCCCAGUGCCAGCCAAGAAAAAACAGAAGCUUGGACCACCCCUGCCUGUUGACAAGCCACUUACCUGUAAUUUGUGCUUUACAUCAUUCAAAACAUUCACUUCUUUGAAGAGUCAUCGACGUUAAUAUACAUUUCAAGCAUAAGGAUGACGACAAUGCUUUUUCCUGCCAUAUUUGCUACAGAGUUUUUCCAAACAAGAGGGGACUAACAGCUCAUAUGAGACAACAUAAUACAUAAGACUGCAGCUCUUAUAACUUCAAGUUAAGUAAGCUUGCAAUGUGCUUAAUUGUAAAGCCUGCCACAGAAGAAGGCGAAAUGCUUAGCUAUUGUCCAGACAAGAUUUUUGCCUCAGUCAAAAGUUAAAUGCAGACGAUAAGCAUUUGGCUUACAGAUCGGCAUGAAGCAGGUCAUGUGACCGGUCUUAUCACAGGAAAAAUGGUGGACUCAGAUGAUGCGGUAGAGUAGAGUUUAAAAAUUUAUUGUUCAAUCAGCGGCGUCAUUUUUUACGAUAUUCUUAUGUGGACAAAAAUGGGUGAAUCCCCUAAAGAUCAGUCAUUAUUUCGGACACCAUUUGGAAUAAACCUUGGGUAAGUCACAUGAUUUAUCACUGCAUUUAUAUUGGUCUGUUUGUGUAUCUUGCUGUGCUGAUGACUUACGUCCUCCGCGCAUGAUGAGAUUUUUUCUCUCGCCUGCCUGAAAAUAUCAAAUAAGCUAGAUGCUUGACUCAUGGUCUCUCGAGUCGAAAACCUCACUACAAACUGCGCGUACACAAUGAGGUUUUAGUUACUGGUGGUCAAUAGCUGAGCAUUUUGCUCUCAUCUGCAGCGAAUGUAUGAGUGUGAUACCAGAAUCUGUAUGAUGAGAAAGUUAUGCUCGAUAUUUUGCACUUUUAUGUUUUGUUUUUCUUGAUGCUUUUACAGCUAUACUGUUAUGAAGAUAUAAGGCGAGGUCCUAAAGCUCCAUCAAGGGCUUCAUUAUGCUCAUUGGUGGAGGUUCUUACAUGAAUAUAAAUUCAGGUGCAAGGUAUGUCAUCUUUUUCACGAAAGUCAGUAGAAAAACAGUGGCACUAAGGAAUAUGAAACAAAUCAUUAUAAUGGCCCAUUGAUGUCUACGAUGAUUUAAUGGAUAAACAGAGAAACAAGAAUUGCAAAACAUAUUGAAGAGAAAAAAGGUCAGAAUCAGGUGGAAUAUAAAAAAAUGUUUGAAAUUUAAAAAAAAAAGAUAAAACAGUAAUUUAUGGGAAACAAAAUCAUGCUAAUUAAUGAAGGGUUCAGCAGAAUAAAGAAGUUUUAGGAAAAAAUCAGUGAAAAGUAAAAACUAAACUUAAAAAUGAAAGUGAAACGAACGUUUUUCCUUGGCCUGCAUUUCCAUCCAGUUAUAAAUUUCUAUUUUCCUUUAUAUUUGAUUUUAUAGUAUGUAAGUUAAUGUAAUUUAUUCUGUCU